AUGGAGUCAACAUCGAGUUUUUUAAAAAUCGGUGAUACUGUUGCACUACUUGUUGACGAUCGUUCCGUAGUCCAACCAGAUGCUGGUGAUCUACAAAAACCUCCAAAAAAAUUUAGAGAUUGUUUAUUUCGAAUUUGUCCUUGUCUUCGUUAUAGUGCACAAACGCAAUUUUGGAACGCCAUGAAAAGUCCAAAUGGUGUGAGAGAUUUAAAAAAAUUACAGUUAGCUGCAGAUACCGAAAAACGUCAAAAUGAAGAAGAAAGUCGAAAACAAACGGGAACCGUAAUUAAAUACGGUGAUACAGUUGUCCAGUUAUUACACAUCAAAAGUAAUAAAUAUUUAACUGUCAAUAAACGUUUACCGGCUUUUUUGGAAAAAAAUGCAAUGCGUGUAUCAUUGGACCCAAGUGGUACAGAAGGAUCUUGGUUUCAAAUUGAACCGUAUUAUAAAUUAAGAGCAAAAGGAGAAAAAGUAAGUCAACAAUUAUUGUUAAAUCAUUGAAAAUUUUACUUACGAGGGAACCGCCUGAGGUGCUAAAAAUCUUUUUGAGUGGGACUAUUUUUAAAAUGUAGAUCCUCAUGGACUAUGAAGAAUCCCAACUUGGUUCGUGCGCAAUCAGCUUUGUUGCUGAGAUA